UUCUCAAUUUGCUCAUUGCAACAAAAUCGAAAAAAUCAAAAUCUCACCUUUGGAGAUUUAUUGUUGACUCGUUUACCGCGAUUCUCUCCUCAAUUCGCCGGUAAACCCUAACUCUUGUCGGAAAACCCUAAUUCGCCAAGACGGAAAUCACCCCACUCGUUUCCUCUUAGCAUUGGUUGAUUUCAGCUUUGUUGAGGUUAAAGCAACUAUGAAGCCUGUUCUUCACUCGGGCUCUUCAUCCAAUGGAUUUUCACACAGAAGAGUUGAAAAAGAGGCUGGGAUGAAUAACGCACAGCCUUCUGCGGGCACUACAGAAAACGGUUGGGAAGCUGGAAGUGUGGAUACCCCUUCUCACAAGCUGUUGGUGUAUUUCACAACUUGUAAUAUUGGACAUCAGGUAGAAGUUCAUCUCAAAAAUGGAUCAGUUUACAGUGGCAUAUUUCAUGCUGCUGAUGUGGAGAAGGAUUUUGGAAUUAUUUUGAAAAUGGCAUGUUUAAUGAGGGAUUCACGAGGAACCAAAUCCCGUUCUCCGCUUGUCAGCAAGCCACCUUCAAAGAUACUCAUUAUCCCUGCUGACGAAGUUGUGCAAGUUAUAGCUAAGGACCUUCCUGUAUCCAGCCAUAACGGCUCAGAUUCUGUUCAGUGCGAGAAGCCUUUAGAGCUGUUGACAGACUCUCUGAUAUCACAGUUUUAUAAUGUUGAUUUGGAGAGAGAGCUGAAACCUUGGGUACCUGAUGAAGAUGUUCCAGACUGUUCAGAUCUGGAGAAUGUGUUUGAUGAUCCUUGGAAGAGGGGCUGGAAUCAGUUUGAGGUCAAUAAGUCAUUAUUUGGAGUAACAAGCACUUUUGAUGAGGAAUUGUAUACCACAAAACUUGAGAGAGGUCCUGGAACGAGGGAGCUAGAAGAGCAAGCCUUGAGGAUUGCGAGAGAGAUUGUGGGUGAGAAUACCCGAGAUCUUCACGUAGCAGAGGAAAGAGGGCUCCAGCUUAGUGGAAAGUUUGAUAUUGAUGAGGAAACCAAAUACUCAUCGGUCUGUACGGCUAAUAGAUUUGAUGAUACAUGUUAUGAAGACGAAGACGAAGAAGAAGACAUAUUGUUGGAUUGCUGCAACAAUUUGACAUUUGGUGACUCUUCUGCUUCUGAUGGCAAGAAACCUGCUUCAACUGGCAUGGUCUAUGAAGAAACAUGGGGUGACAGCCUGCAUUUACGGAAUAACAAAAUUGUAGACCAGAGCUGGUCGAACUCAAAUAAGCAUUCGCACCAGCUUAUGUCCGAACAGCCAUCCAAAGAUUUUCCUGUUGCAGGAAACAAAAUCAGGAAUGAGAGCCAGCUUGGUGAGCAAAGAAAGAGCAAAUUCCUAGGGUCUUCCCUUUAUAAAAAGCCAUCUGAGGAAUCAGUGUCUGGUCUUGAAGAUGCACCACCAUCUGAGAAGCCAAGUUUCACUGAUGGAAGAGUCGGUCUACUCUCUGACAGAGCGAAAUCUGAGAGCUCUUCUGGGUGGCCUGGAAGCUCCAUUUCUAGAAAUUCAGAAAACUAUGCAGCUUCCUCAGCAUCAAAUCGUCCAAUACUAUCACCAAGCUCUUCAAUUGGUUCUUUAUCAUCAGAAAAAUCCACACUCAACCCAAAUGCGAAGGAAUUUAAACUGAACCCCAACGCAAAGAGUUUCAAACCAUCUUCUCCAUCAGCUAAAAGUCCUCAAUCUCCAGUCCCAGACGGAUCAUUCUAUUAUCCUCCUGUUCCACCCAUGCCAGGACUACGUAUUCGAUACGGAAUGGGAGGAGCAUUCCCUGGACAGCAACACCCAAUGAUGUAUAAUAACACAACACAGCUUAGUCCAAAUCAAACAUAUUAUUCUCCAAAUAGUCCACAGUACCCACAACAGAUGAUGAUUACUCAACAGAGACCGGUCUUGUUCAUGCCGCCAACGCCAUAUCAACCGGAGAUGCCAUACAAUGGAAGAGACUCUUAUUAGCUUUUGGCCAAAACCAUGACUGGUGGUGGCUGGCACAAGGGAAGGUCUCGAAUAUUCUGAUGGAAUUGGUUUCAUUUAAUUUACUUUAUUUUAUUUAUUUCAAGCACCGAAUCUUUUCAUUUUUAUUUAAUUAUUUUUAGUUUAUAAAAUGAUGAAUGGUGUGAUGGUCCUUGUGAGAAAAAUUGAACACAAUUUGAUGUGAUGGUGAUCUAGUUUGUUUAGGUAUUAGACUAGAUUUUACAUUAGAUUCUUGCUGAUCUCAUUUCUUUAUUCACUUGUGUCUCUCCA